AUGUUUUCCAUUUUUAUUUAUGUCUGUCUUAUGCGUUUUAAAUGUUCGUGUUUAAAUCUUUCUUUAUCGAUUUUGUUUAAUUUUUAUUUUUUUCGCCCUUUUUGGAUUUUCCUUACUCAACUUUCUCGAUUAUUUAUUUUUAAAUAUUUCGCUUUUCUUUCUUUCUUUCUUUCUUUCUUUCUUUCUUUCUUUCUUUCUUUCUUUCUUUCUUUCUUUCUUUCUUUCUUUCUUAAUUUCUAUCGAGUUUCUUCUUUCUUCUCUUGUUCCCCACUUUUACUCUUGUUUUCGCCUUCUUUCUUUUUCUACACUUUGUCCUUGCUUUUGUCUUCUUCUUUCUUCUCUUGUUCCCCACUUUUACUCUUGUUUUCGCCUUCUUUCUUUUCCUGUUCCCCACUUUGCCUUUGUUUUCGUCUUCGUCUUUUUUUCUCUUUUUUCCCCACUUUUACUCUUGUUUUCGCCUUCUUUCUUUUUCCUGUUCCCCACUUUGCCUUUGUUUUCGUCUUCGUCUUUUCUUCUCUUAUUCCCCACUUUUACUCUUGUUUUCGCCUUCUUUCUUUUUCCACACUUUGUCCUUGCUUUUGUCUUCUUCUUUCUUCUCUUGUUCCCCACUUUUACUCUUGUUUUCGCCUUCUUUCUUUUCCUGUUCCCCACUUUGCCUUUGUUUUCGUCUUCGUCUUUUUCUUCUCUUAUUCCCCAUUUUUACUCUUGUUUUCGCCUUCUUUCUUUUUCCACACUUUGUCCUUGCUUUUGUAUUCUUCUUUCUUCUCUUGUUCCCCACUUUUACUCUUGUUUUCGCCUUCUUUCUUUUCCUGUUCCCCACUUUGCCUUUGUUUUCGUCUUCGUCUUUUUCUUCUCUUGUUCCCCACUUUUACUCUUGUUUUCGCCUUCGUUCUUUUUCCACACUUUGUCCUUGCUUUUGUCUUCUUCUUUCUUCUCUUGUUCCCCACUUUUACUCUUGUUUUCGCCUUCUUUUUUCUUUUCCUGUUCCCCACUUUGCCUUUGUUUUUCGUCUUCGUCUUUUCUUCUCUUGUUCCCCACUUUUACUCUUGUUUUUCGCCUUCUUUCUUUUCCUGUUCCCCACUUUGCCUUUGUUUUCGUCUUCGUCUUUUCUUCUCUUAUUCCCCACUUUUUACUCUUGUUUUCGCCUUCUUUCUUUUUCCACACUUUGCCUUUGUUUUUCGUCUUCGUCUUUUUCUUCUCUUGUUCCCCCACUUUUUUACUCUUGUUUUCGCCUUCUUUCUUUUCCUGUUCCCCACUUUGCCUUUUUUUUUUCGUCUUCGUCUUUUUCUUCUCUUAUUCCCCACUUUACUCUUGUUUUCGCCUUCUUUCUUUUCCUGUUCCCCACUUUGCCUUUGUUUUCGUCUUCGUCUUUUUCUUCUCUUGUUCCCCACUUUUACUCUUGUUUUCGCCUUCUUUCUUUUCCUGUUCCCCACUUUGCCUUUGUUUUCGUCUUCGUCUUUUUCUUCUCUUAUUCCCCACUUUUACUCUUGUUUUCGCCUUCAUUCUUUUCCUGUUCCCCACUUUGCCUUUGUUUUCGUCUUCGUCUUUUUCUUCUCUUAUUCCCCACUUUUACUCUUGUUUUCGCCUUCUUUCUUUUUCCACACUUUGUCCUUGCUUUUGUCUUCUUCUUUCUUCUCUUGUUCCCCACUUUUACUCUUGUUUUCGCCUUCUUUCUUUUCCUGUUUCCCACUUUGCCUUUGCUUUCGUCUUCGUCUUUUUCUUCUCUUAUUCCCCACUUUUUACUCUUGUUUUUCGCCUUCUUUCUUUUCCACACUUUGUCCUUGCUUUUGUCUUCUUCUUUCUUCUCUUGUUCCCCACUUUUUACUCUUUGUUUUCGCCUUCUUUCUUUUCCUGUUCCCCACUUUGCCUUUGUUUUCGUCUUCGUCUUUUCUUCUCUUAUUCCCCACUUUUACUCUUGUUUUUCCUUCUUUCUUUUCCACACUUUGUCCUUGCUUUUUUGUCUUCUUCUUUCUUCUCUUGUUCCCCACUUUUACUCUUGUUUUCGCCUUCUUUCUUUUCCUGUUCCCCACUUUGCCUUUGUUUUCGUCUUCGUCUUUUUCUUCUCUUAUUCCCCACUUUUACUCUUGUUUUCGCCUUCAUUCUUUUCCUGUUCCCCACUUUGCCUUUGUUUUCGUCUUCCUCUUUUUCUUCUCUUAUUCCCCACUUUACCUCUUGUUUUCGCCUUCUUUCUUUUUCCCACUUUGUCCUUGCUUUUGUCUUCUUCUUUCUUCUCUUGUUCCCCACUUUUACUCUUGUUUUCGCCUUCUUUCUUUUCCUGUUCCCCACUUUGCCUUUGUUUUCGUCUUCGUCUUUUUCUUCUCUUAUUCCCCACUUUUACUCUUGUUUUCGCCUUCUUUCUUUUUCCACACUUUGUCCUUGCUUUUGUCUUCUUCUUUCUUCUCUUGUUCCCCACUUUUACUCUUGUUUUCGCCUUCUUUCUUUUCCUGUUCCCCACUUUGCCUUUGUUUUCGUCUUCGUCUUUUUCUUCUCUUGUUCCCCACUUUUACUCUUGUUUUCGCCUUCUUUCUUUUCCUGUUCCCCACUUUGCCUUUGUUUUCGUCUUCGUCUUUUUCUUCUCUUAUUCCCCACUUUUACUCUUGUUUUCGCCUUCUUUCUUUUUCCACACUUUGUCCUUGCUUUUGUCUUCUUCUUUCUUCUCUUGUUCCCCACUUUUACUCUUGUUUUCGCCUUCUUUCUUUUCCUGUUCCCCCACUUUGCCUUUGUUUUCGUCUUCGUCUUUUCUUUCUCUUAUUCCCCACUUUUUACUCUUGUUUUCCUUCUUUCUUUUUCCACACUUUGUCCUUGCUUUUUGUCUUCUUCUUUCUUCUCUUGUUCCCCCACUUUUACUCUUGUUUUCGCCUUCUUUCUUUCCUGUUCCCCACUUUGCCUUUGUUUUUUCGUCUUCGUCUUUUUUUUCUUCUUAUUCCCCACUUUUACUCUUGUUUUCCUUCAUUCUUUUUCCUGUUCCCCACUUUGCCUUUGUCUUUUCGUCUUCUUUCCCUUUUUUUUCUCUUGUUUCCCCACUUUUACUCUUGUUUUCGCCUUCUUUCUUUUCCUGUUCCCCACUUUUUGCCUUUGUUUUCGUCUUCGUCUUUUUCUUCUCUUGUUCCCCACUUUUACUCUUGUUUUCGCCUUCUUUCUUUUUUCCUGUUCCCCACUUUUGCCUUCUUUUUCGUCUUCGUCUUUUCUUCUCUUAUUCCCCACUUUUACUUUCUUUUUUUCUUCUUUCUUUUUUCCACUUUGUCCUUGCUUUUUUCUUCUUCUUUCUUCUCUUGUUCCCCACUUUUACUCUUGUUUUCCUUCUUUCUUUUUUCCACACUUUGUCCUUGCUUUUGUCUUUUUCUUUCUUUCUUCUUUUUUCUUCUUCUUUUUCCACUUUUACUUUGUCCUUUUUUUUUUCUUCUUUCUUUUUUUUCUGUUCCCCACUUUGCCUUUGUUUUCGUCUUCGUCUUUUUUUCUUCUUUAUUCCCCACUUUUACUCUUGUUUUCGCCUUCUUUCUUUUUCCCCACUUUGUCCUUGUUUUUGUCUUCUUCUUUUCUUCUCUUCCUUCCUUCACUUUUUCACACUUUUUUUUGUUUUUCUUUCUUUUCCUGUUCCCCACUUUGCCUUUGUUUUCGUCUUCGUCUUUUCUUCUCUUAUUCCCCACUUUUUACUCUUGUUUUCGCCUUCUUUCUUUUCCACACUUUGUCCUUGCUUUUGUCUUCUUCUUUCUUCUCUUGUUUCCCCACUUUUACUCUUGUUUUUCGCCUUCUUUCUUUUCCUGUUCCCCACUUUGCCUUUGUUUUCGUCUUCGUCUUUUUCUUCUCUUAUUCCCCACUUUGCUUUUGUUUUCGUCUUCUUUCUUUAUUUGUUUCCCGUUAUUUUCCUCUUCUUUCUUCUCUUCUUUCCCACUUUGCUAUCGUUUUCAUUUUCUUUCUGCCCCUCCCCUUUACAUCUCCAUACAAAUAUCUUUCUGUCAUUAUUUCAUUUUUAUUCUUCGCUUCUUUAUUUUCUGUAUUCUUUGGUGUCAUCAUCUUUGGAAUAAAUCCUUUGCUCGUUUUUUACCAAUUCUUUUUUGCAAUUUUUUUCUAAUUCUUUCUUUCUUUCUUUCUUUCUUUCUUUCUUUCUUUCUUUCUUUCUUAAUCUUCCUCCAUUCUUUCUUUCUUUCUUUCUUUCUAUGA